UUUAAGCGCUUAGAUCUGGUAAUGACGGCUGCAGUUGAGUUGAGCCCAUCAAGUCCGAUGUUCCUCCACGAGGAACGACCCAUGAGACAUAUAAUCCUGGAGAUUAGGAAGGAGGACGAUUACCGGAUUCCCGUCUGGGUGAUUGUCGGGAGCACAUUGGGAGGACUACAGCUUCUGGCUCUGCUGAUUCUGGCGCUCUGGAAGCUGGGAUUCUUCAGCAGGCAAAAGAGAGAGCGGGACGAGCAGGCGACCAAUGAGAAGACAGCAGAGGAUCGGUAAUGCCACGGCGACCUCCUCAACCAAUCACUCAGGGACUCUCCAGACGCAGGUGUCUGUCAGCCAAUCAGCUGCUCUUGAGCACUGCCACGCCAUCCUGCUGUCCGAUGCACAACCAAUCAGCUCGCUUCCCCAAUUAAGACAGAAGAUGUGAAGUUUAGGAGAAAGAAAUGUCACCUAGUGUGAGACUUUGCAAAGAGGUGGAAAGCCGUAAUCAAUGGAAGAAAAAACACUCAUGAAGAGGCUUCGGUUUGAACCGUUUUGGCACUGAUUAAAUGUUUGUGUAUCACGAAACAAACCUCAGAUUGUGGAACAGAAUCGUAAGACUUUAUUUUGCUGCAGCGUAAAUUCAAGCCGAUGCACUUGCACAGUUGUGAACUCGAGAUGUGUAAAUAUUAAAGAAGUUCAGCAAUAUAAAUGUAAAACAAUGAUCAAAUAUUUAGCCAUAACUUUAUUAUGCACCUUAAUGCAUUUUGUUGAAACAUCUGUUCAGGAUUCAUGCAUGUGAGUCAUGCAUUUGGAUCAUUAGUUUACAUCGAGUACAAAUUUCAUUGCAGCUGGCAUCUGAAAAUGUCUGUUUCUGUGUUUUUCAUCAUUAGAAACUGGUAAAAGAGCUUAAGGGAAGUUGAAAUAAUAACAUGCAGAAACAUGCACAUUUUACAUUUUUUUACCUAUUUGCAUUUUUUAUU